AUGACCACCCAACGUUACUUUCGGGGUCUGCCGACGAAUGAAGAGGAAUGGCAGAACGCAGCAAGAGCUUCCAAUGUCACGGAUAAAAGCUUACACAGCUGCGUGGAGCUAAGAUCAGGCUCUAGAGUAACCCAGGAGCAGUUUCUGUUGUUCCGGACAAUUUGUCCAAAGUUCCAAGAGCCAUACAUGUUCAACAGUGCUACUUUGAACCUUACUGCCAGACUCCUGAGAGCCGGUACUAUCCUCGCAGGAUCGAUCGAGUUUCAGGACUACGUGUCUGUACUCCGAGCCAAUCAGUGGAGUAACCCCAACAAAUUCGAGCGAGUCCUUGAACAACAAUGGGAGGUGUUGCGUUGCUACGACAGUAAGAACGAACUUAUCGAACAUGAUGAGCAUGUCGUGAAUUCCAGUUUCAUUCUUUUGCUACAGACGAUGCUUAGUUUAGCUCCUGCACCUACACGAGAAUGGCGAGUGUCCAAAAGAUACCUGAGUGCGGACUUCAGAACUGUUAGGCAACUCAGACGCGAUACAAAUUCAGCUAAACAUCGAUUCAUAGCGAUCACAGGCGGCCAAUUACGGCAUAUUGCGGCGGGCCAAAUCGAAGCCAUUGUUGAAUGCAAGGUUCGAAAAGCAAUUAUGCCACAGCCGCAAGUUGAUAUGCAAGAGGUUUCACAGAUUGUUGCGUGGAUCAAGCAAUAUCCUCCUUCUAUGGGAGAUAAACACCAGUAA